CCCAACGGUCGAAUCCUAUGAAACUUCAAACGUUAAAGAAACAUUCUGUUACAAUAUACAAAACCACACAACACAAUACACUUUCAAUUCUUCAUUCUAAUCUUUUGCGCCCACAGAUUCAUCUCAAAGAACACCAACUCAUUCUUCAACCAUUACCAUUACAUUCUCAUUCAAAAAUUUCACUCUCUUUUCCUCUCAAAUUCUUAUUUCUAAUUUCUUGUUUUUUGAACUUUUCAGAUUCUCUCAACCGAAGAUGGAACCAGAAAACAUUGAUUGGAACAACAUCGACUCCACCUUCGUUCAAGACGACACGUACGAGUACUUCGACGCGCCCAAAUGGUUUGAUUUCACUGCUUCCAAUGAGCUUCUGGUUGAUGAAGAUGACGAUGAAACCUGGUUUUGCACUCAAGAUUGCAAACAUCGCAACAUUGCUCAAGAUUUUCCAAAACCCAUCACCACAACAACGAACUCCAAGGCAAAGCUAUUGAAAUUUGCAAGCUUUUCUGAAAUUCUUCCAUUUAGAGAGAGAAAUAGAAGGGAAAAAUCUUCUAUGGUUAAGAAUUGUGAUGAAAAUAGAAGACCCAUUUGUUCAAGGAACUUGAGUGAAGAUAUUGAGAAUAAAAAUCCAAACUUUACUGCGACGAAUUUCGAUGGUGGUACCAAUAAGCUGAAGAAACCGUUGUUGGAAGAGACAGCUGAUUUGAAAGAGUGUUCUGUGAGAAGUAAUAGAAGAUCGAAACUGAAGAGUACAUUCUCUGCUCAGAAUUUGUUGGGUGGCAGAGAAAUCAUGAGUCAAAUCACAGGGUUUUGCUCUGAAUUGAAGAGGCUAGCAACAAGGAAGGGUGCUAGUAAGAAAGGAGGGGGUUCAGAUCCAAAUGGGGUGUUGGGGGAAUUGAAGGAAAAGACUGUGAGACGGAAGGAAAGGGUGCCCUUGCUUGUUGUUAACGAAGGGGCACUACCUUGAGAAUGGAACAUUACUAACUGUCUCUAGGUCGCAUAAAGAUGUUUCCGAUUUUGAUCGGGUACAGUUGUUGCAAAGUUUAUUAACGUUGCGGUAUGAAUUAACUAAUUCUUCUUCACAAAAAUGAUAAAUAACAAUAUCCAUAUCAUCAAUAAUUUUUUGAUACCAAUUUGUCGCAACGAGGUAAGGGAUCCUAUUUUAAAACCAAAUUGUCAUCAAAUAAUAGUGAUUUAGUUAAAGAUGGUUUUGUUGUUAACUUAUAGUGAUACUUGUAUUGAUUGAUAUAUGUCUAAACUGAAUAUGGAGAUUGCAUGGUAUUAAUGAUUAUUGCAUCGUUUGUCCUA